CUUUAGCUGACUCUGUUUCGGGCUCAUAAUUCGCUUUUUUGUUCCUAAAAUCAGCCCAGAAGUGUCUAAAUCUAUAUUUAAGUCGUCGGCACAUCUUCAUUAGCGUAGUUAUCGACGUUAGCCUUAGCCAACGAGCUAACGACAGUAGCUGAAAAGCUAUUAUUUGUACAAAAUUAGCCUCCGCCGAGCUCCGUGUCACGAUUUCCUCUUUUGAAAUAAGUCGCAGCUGAACUGACACGGAGGAGCGAUAUAAAAGCCCGCGAUGUCUCUGAAAGACUGCAGUGCCCCGAAGGACACCAGCAGACCUGGUGCUUCACUGAAAGGGAGGAAGCGCCGGUCCUCCGCCGACAUCUCUCAGGGUGGCGAGGUGAUGGCCAUGCUCGACAAUUUUAGAGCUGAUAUAAAUAAAGCAUUUGUUGCCAAGAGGAAAUGCUUAGAGACCUUCACCAGCUCUUCUCUCAAAACCAGCCAGCAGAAGAUCGAGGAGGUGUGGAAGUCCCAGCAGAAUGAGCGGGCUCAGAUGUCUGAAGAUUACGGCACUCAGUUCAGCUCUGUGUUCCAGCAGUGGGAGUCAGAUAUACAGAGGACCAAAGACCAGGACAAGAAGCUCAUGUCUUUGUUCCAGCACCAGAAGUCGAUGUUCCAGCAGAUGAGAGCUUCCCGGGGCCAGAGGCUGAAGAUGCUCCGACAGCUCAUGGACCACUACAUCAAAAGCAUGCAGGAGCUGGAAGUGACCCAUGAGGAGCAGAACACUGCGGUGAUGAGCGAGUUACGCCAAGAGAUGGCGCUGCUCCAGAAGAAAAUCCUCAUGAACACACAGCAGGAGGAGAUGGCGUCAGUGCGCAAAGCUCUGCAGUCGAUGCUGAUGUAGGUACUUUACAGUAACACCAGACAACAAAGUAAGAGUCCUUUAAAUGUUCCGAACCGCUCCAGAAGGACGCUCUGAAAACUAGCCGUUCCAUGUUGUUUGGAUGGGCGUUCAGUUUGCACUGUCGUCAGCUGUUCAGGACAUGUCCUCUGUCCAUUUUCACCCAGUUUUCUUCAUUUUUCAUUCAACUUUUUGUCCCUGAGAGGUUUGAAAUAAAACGUUCAAUCUCA